UUCGAACGGCGUGGGCGGGGCGUGGGCGGCGGUUGAGCGCGAGAUUCGAAGUGUGGCGGUUGAGGGCCGCGACCGCCAUGGCGCUCCCCGCGCUGCAGCACCUCGAGUCCCUCAAAUACGCGGAGCUCCAGCAGCUCGCCAAGGCUGUCGGCCUCAAGGCCAACCUCCGGGGAGACAAACUGUUGAAAGCACUGAAGCAACACUUUCAAGGAAUAAAAGAAGAAAGUGAAAAUACGGAUGCUGAAAAAAGUGCAUCUGCUUCCAUGAACACUGAAUUGAGCUGUCAGAAAGAAUUUAAACCUGAUCCAGUGUGUUUUGUCACAAAAAGAUCUAAAGAAAAGAAAGCAACCAGAAAAAAGAAGAACUCCAGUGAGGAAAUUAAAACCAAGGAAGAAACUACAGGGCUCUCUGCUGAGAAAGAGGAACAUUCUGAAAUGAAAGAAAAUGAAGUGCCCCAUGGUGAGCAAGAAAAGGGACAGAUGGUAUUCCAAAAUGAGGAACCAGUAAUUAAAAAGAGAGCUAUUGAGAAUCCAGGGAUGGCUACUGGGGAGAAGGAACAACCAGAGAAGACUUCUACUAAAGGUACUAGAGAGGAAUGUGAUAUUCAUCCUGUGGGAGGGAAGAUCCCUAUACAUGUAGGCCGCGCAUCGAGGUCUGGGAAAACAGGAAUGAAAGCUACUACACCAAACUUUAAGAAGUUACAUGAGGCUCACUUCAAGAAAAUGGAGUCUAUUGCUGACUACAUUGAGAGGAAGAAAAAAAUGAUUGAAAACUGCAGCAGUUCACUCAAUGAAGUCAAGGUGCUGGCCAAAAAAUCUAAUCUUUUAAGGGCAUCAGAAAAAGGCCUUCCACAUAACAAUUCUAAGAAACGUACUGCUGGCAAAACAUUCUUAUUCAGCCCAAAUCCAGAAAGAGGUAGAUUGUCUGCCACCUGCACUCCCAGUAACCCGCGACGCUCACCACGCAGUUUGCUGAACACUGCAAGUCAAAGUAUUUUAUCUAGGAAAUCUUCAUUUAAUCCUUCAGUCCUCUCCACAACCAAAAUGAAUGUCAGGUUCUCAGAAGCCACAAAAGAUAAUGAGCAUAAGCGCUCUCUUACCAAGACUCCAUCUAGAAUGUCUCCAUACUUAAACGAAUUCUGCACACCUGAUAGCCAGAAGAGCUGCAAACGCCUAAGUACGAAAAGCAGCAAGAGGGAUACAAGAAAUAAUGAUCUGGCUGCAUCAAAGGUUGUUACCCCCUUCAAGUUUGGAGCUCACUCUGCAGAGCCUACAAGCACAAAGAAGACAUUUGAUCUCAAAGCAAGUCUCUCAAGGCCACUUCGUUAUCAACCACAUAAAGGACGAUUAAAACCUUGGGGAGAAAGCAAAGAAAAUACUGUUAUAAAUAAGUCUGUCAGUAGCAACGUCUCUUCACGUAAGAAAGAUUACAAACAGCCACGUCUCCAGACAAGGGAAGAAAGGCGGGAGAAGCAUGAGCAGGAGAGAAAAAAGAAAAAGGCUCAGGUUCUUGGAAACCGUAGAGGAUUAUCUGUAGGUUAAAAAGAAUCAGAAAAAGGCUGGAUCUGACUGUAAAUACUGUCCCUCUCAUGUAAAUAUUUGUACUGUCUGUACUUUAGAGUAUAGGUCAGGUUGCUUAUUAGUUAGUAGAAUCCAGAGAGCUUUGAAUGAGACCUUACAAUGCAUCUGAGCAUAAGGCUUUCAUGAUCAACUUCUCCAAUGAGAUGAGAACCUAAUAAUACUUUAAUGUAAAUAACUCCCUUAACUAAAAAAAUGUUAAAGCAGAAAAUAUAAGUGGAAAAGAGAUGCUCAAGGAGCCUCCUUGUGAUUCAGUAUAGACUUCUCCACCAGGAUGCAUUUAUCACCCACUGGAGUGUAUGCUUUGAAUUGCAAAUGUUAAAAUGUUCCACUGGUAAAUUGAAGGAGGUAUCUGCAUGCCCUGUUCUCCAAAUCAAUCUUUAAAUCCUGUAGCAACUGGAAGAGCCAGUUGUUCUGUAUUCCUAACUGCAGCUCCGUGAAAUAGUAGGGAACUUCUAGAAGAAAAGUAUUAAUGCUUUCUGGAAAGCUACAAAGCUUACAACAUAGCAUAGUUGUGAAAUACCCUUUUUUAAAAAAGGGUUGUAAUCAAGAAGUGGCUUUACAAGUUAACAGCUCUGUGCUUUGAACAGUUAAGUUUAGUUUUGUUCCUUUCUAUGGUAAAUAGCAGAUGUUAUUUUUUUUGUUCUCUAUGAUGCUUAAAGGAUGUGAAUGUAGUGCUGAAGAAUGCUCAAUGCCUUGUAUUCAAAAACUGAUGUUACAAAAAAAAACAGAAGCUGUCUGGAUUUGUUAUGGAUGAAACAGUGACUGGAAACGUAAUGUAGCAGUUGUAAUCUCAGCUAUUCUAGUGAGCAAAUACUGAAAUGAAUUUAGUAUUGUCAUAUGCUGAAAUGUCAAGCUCAUUUUUUAUAAAGUUAAUGGGGGAAAUAAAUAUUUUGUACAUA